UGGUGUUCAGUUCAUUAGAAUGCUUACUUGGUUAGACUGGGAUGGUGAGCUGGCCAGUCUUUCUUCCGUGUGCUUGCUACUCCCCCAUUCGGUAGACCCGAGGAAUUAAUUAGCAGAAGAAAAGUCUUUGCUCUAGUGACGGGAUUGUCACUUUUAAGAACUGUGCCUGUUCAACUAAGCAGGUGGUGGCUGGCUUCUACUUUGGCUUGGUCAUCUGCUGAGUUUUCUGAAGCACCUCAUCUUGUGUUUGCAUGAAAUCAACAAGGUGACUUUCGAAUUGACAAGCCGCAACUUUUGGCCGAGCAGCUGUUUGUUUCGUUCCACGUUUGCGAUGACUUAUCAUAUCAAGUUCCUCCUUUUGUUUCUGCUCUUUAGGAGCUCAUCGUCUUGUUUUGGUUUUCAACUUGAUAUCCAGUGCCUGUUGUCUGUGCAAGAAUCAGUGAUUGAUUCCAAAGGAAUACUCAUGUCCUCAUGGGAUUUUGUUGCCAAUACAACAGAUGGUUACAUAUGCCGAUUCACUGGCGUGGAAUGCUGGCACCCAGACGAGAACAAGGUUUACGCUUUGCGUCUCGGCAACCUAGGGCUUGAAGGCCCAUUUCCUCAAGGUCUUCAAAAUUGCACAAGCUUGAACAUGUUGGACCUGUCAAGCAACAAUUUUUCAGGACCGAUCCCUCCUAACAUCUCAUGGCAGCUGUCGUAUCUGUCAUCUCUGGAUCUUUCCUUCAAUAAAUUUUCAGGUGAAAUCCCAGAUAGUAUUGCAAAUCUGAUGAAUCUGAAUGGCCUCAACUUUCAGCACAACCAAUUAAGUGGACGAAUUCCUGCUUCUCUGCAGAAGUUUAUUGAUUCAUACUUUGCUGGAAACCAGGAGCUUUGUGGUACACCACUGUACAAGUGUCCUAGGAGGAGAUGGAGACCGAGACGAAUCAGGCUGACCAGCAUCAAUGAUCAGUCCAGCAUCGGAGCAGCUGUCGGAUUUGUCGUGGGGUUCGUGGUGGCCUUCUACUUCCCGCAUUGCUUCAUCUUCUCUGAGAGGCUCAGGGUGUGUUUGGUAGGGUGUAUGAAGGGUGCAUGAGCCCAAGUUCCCUUCUCGACCCACUUUUGGGUGUUUGGUAGAGUGUAUGGAGGAUGCAUGAGUCCACACUAGCUUAGCACAAAUACACUAGAAGCAUGCAUGAAAAGAGCAUGCAUGAAGAGGGGUGUUGAGUUGAGCAUGCAUGAAAAGGGAACAACUAUGCUGAGACGAGAACGCAACCAAACACACCCUCACUGCUUACGUUGUCCGGAUAAUAUGACCCACUUGUUCUGGAACUUUGUCUGCCAUCAACUUCCGGAGGCCAAAGAAGCACUUCCAACAGCAACUCCAGUUUUCUUCCUCAGAGUAACAGUUCACCAACAUGUAUACCUGGUACCCUAGUGAGUGUAGUGUUUUUUCUUCACUUGUAAUGUGAUGAGUCCAAUUUGUGUGAUAGUUUUACUAUGUAAUGCAAAUGGUGCAACGCAUUCUCUUAAAGAAAAGAGUGAUGCACGGAAUAACA